GCAACAAUUGAAUUGAACAAAAAAGCAAUAAUGCUUGGAGAUACUGUACAGUCACAGCUUUUUAGGGUCUUGCUACAGCAAAUGAAGGCAAAAAAAGUUCUUGAAGUGGGUGUUUACACUGGUUACAAUACCCUGAGCUUUGCUUUGAGUAUUCCAGMCGAUGGUAAGGUUAUUGGUUGUGACAUCACUGAUGAGUAUGUGAAUGCUGUUGGAAAGCAAUUCUUUAAAGAGGCAGGAGUGGAACACAAAAUUGAUCUUCGUAUUCAAUCAGCUAAUAAAUCUCUAGAUGAACUGAUUGCCAAUGGAGAAGCAGGAACGUUUGACUUUGCUUUUGUCGACGCUGAUAAAGAAAGCUAUGAUGCAUACUAUGAGAAGUGCUUAGUGUUGGUACGAAAAGGAGGCAUGAUUGCUGUUGAUAAUGUAAUUUGGAGUGGUAAGGUUCUUCAAGAUCCUGCAGACAUGGAUGCUGAAACAUUAGCGAUCCAUACAUUGAACCAAAAGAUUCACAAAGAUAGUCGAGUUGAUAUGGCAAUGCUACCGCUCGCUGAUGGUAUGAUCCUAGCAGUAAAACUGUGAAAAAGAACGAAUCCAUGGAUGUGCUUAGCACACUAAUGCUUGAGUAAGAUAGAUAGAAUGGAGAAGGAUCUGUCAUAUGACUUCCAUAAAAAAAUAGAAAUAAUUAUAAUGAGUCAAUCAAUAGAUUAAUUAGUUAAUCAGUAAU